CGCGAUCUUCGCGGUCCGGUUUUAUAAAUUUUAUUAUUAGAGUUCCACGUGUAGAUCAGUAUAAAUCGAUCUACGACUCGAAGCGAGAGAGUCAAGCCAAGUCAAAUGAGCAACAUUGUUGCUCGUCCAAGGUUAAUGGACGUACAUGUAUUCCGCAACCGCAUUUAAUCGAGAUCGCAGGUAUCCAGAUCUUCCGGUGGUAUGUGUAUGGAUAAUAGAACUGAGUGAGAGCGUGUGUCGAUCGCGUGAAAAUUUACACUAAUAAAUGAGCGUAUCCUCGAAGACACGACUGGUUACAAUCACGGCUUCUCUAUUGAAUGUAGCAUGUAAUCUGCAUACAGCUAAAUUUCUUCUACCACGAAAGAUUUUUUAUAUGGUAGAGCCACUUUGGCAACGAUUAUCCCUAGAAAAUUUAUAUCUGAAUCCAUUUCCGGAAGCUUUAGUUUCCGAUUAUCUCGAUCUCGCUAUCUCUAUGGAUAAUCCUGCAUCUCAUCAAAAAUGUAUGAAAGCCAAAAUGGAAUCUUAUCUUGGCACAUGUUAUGGCCAAAAUAACACUACCACGAUGUGCGAUGUACCAUUCCACACAACUUCAAGUAAUUUGGUUUAUUGUCAACCUGGAGCAUUCGCAGAUGUAACACACGGUGUUAAAACUAAUGUACAUGCAGCAGAAACAAAGCAUGGAAAUUAUAUUGAUAAAGAAAGAUAUAAGAUUAUUAGGAAGUGGAAACGAUUCGGAAAAAAUAGAUUGACUAGCAAUACAGAAGAUUCUUUCAUUUUGAAACUUUUAUCCUUUAAUAUCCUUGCACAAAACUUGUUAGAAGAUCAUUCAUAUUUGUAUCAGGGCCAUAAUAAGAAAGUUUUAAAUUGGAAAAUUCGAAAAUCUCUGGUGAUACAGGAGAUACAUGAAGCGGAUGCAAAUGUAAUAUGCCUUCAGGAAAUGCAGGAAGAUCAUCUAUUAGAUUUUGUAACUCCAUUCAAACAGCUUGGAUAUGAGUAUCUAUAUAAAAAAAGAACUAAUGAUAAGAGGGAUGGUUUGCUCUUGCUAUAUCGUUCCAAUCAGUUUGUUUUAUUAGAUUAUGCAAAAGUGGAGUUAUAUCAAGCUGGCAUCGAGAUUUUAAAUAGAGACAAUGUUGGAAUAAUUGCUAAAUUGUCCCUCAGAGAUAGCCCAGAAACACAAGUCGUGGUUGCAACCACUCAUUUGUUAUAUAAUCCAAGACGUAACGAUGUACGAUUAGCACAGACACAACUUUUGUUAGCGGAAAUAGAACGAAUUGCAUUUGUUGAAAACACAAUGACGGGUCCAAAAUACUUACCAAUUAUAUUAACGGGUGACUUCAAUUUGGAACCGUUUACAGCAGUUUAUAAAUUUUUAACAGAAGGUUCAUUUGAGUAUUAUGGCAAAGGACGAAAUUUGGAGCCUUCUCAAUAUAAUUUUUUAUCCAACUCUCUGAUACCAUCACGAUUAUGCAUUACUGAUAAUUGUCAGCAUUUUAACAUCUUGACUCAAAGAUUGCAAAGGGAAGGUACUGGUAAAGUCAUGCUGGAAAACAGCGAAUUACCUCUUCAGAAACGAGAUGGGAAUAUGACCUUAUCUAGUGAUGUAAAUAUGCUACAACAAAACAGUGUCAACAUUAAUACUGGUUGUACACAGAUCGAAAUCGUAAAAGGUUAUUCCGUAAGAUUUUCAUCUGGCACUCUAACACAUCCCUUCAAAAUGCACAGUGUUUAUAGGCAUAUAAACGCACAUGGUGAGAGGGAAGCAACGACACAUCAGGAUAAAUGGAUUACGGUUGAUUAUAUAUUUUAUAGCAAUAUCCAACCUAUAGAGAAGUAUGCUUUACCUACAAUAAGCCAAUGCGCCGCAUUACCAAAAAUACCAAAUUUUGUAGUAGGUAGUGAUCAUUUAUGUAUAGGUGCCACUUUUCAAUUACCAAGAAAGAAAUCUGUGCUUUAAAAUACAACUUUUUUUAUAUCAUCUUUUUGAUUGUAUUACAUAAAUUAAUUAAAUCUUUAAAAUAUUAUUUAUCAAUAUUAUAAGAGUUGAGUUAUAUAAUAUUUAAAAGAUGAAAAAUGCUAGGUGCAUUGUUAGUUUUUCAAAGCAAAAGUGCAAGAUACAUACUUUGAUUUACAAAAACUACAAAUUUGCAAUAUUUAUCUCUAAUAUAGCCAGGGUGUGCUAACUCUCUAUAUUUUAGUGAAAAUGAAAGUUCAUGCUUAGAAACAGCAUUGAUUCCAUAUAUUUUUUCUUACUACUAAUGGCAGCUGAAUGUCUUAUGACUAGCUUACUGUGUCUUACAAUUUGUUUGGAAUGUAUUUGCAAGUCUGAAGAAUGAUUUAAGUAUUCCAGAUUAUUAGAUAGAUAAGAUUUUCUUAUUCCGAAUUUGUUUGUAUAUUUAUUUUUAACUUUCUAAGGAUAAUAUCGAUUAUCGUGAUAUGAUAUUCUCAUUUAAAAAAGUCAUAUAAAUAGAUUAAAAUUAACAAAUCUUAAUUUUUUUUUUUUAAUUUACAGAUAUUUACAGAAUCUUUAAUUUACAGAUAAUCAUUCUUCAGACUCAUAAAUAAUAUAUUUCAAAAAAGUUAUAGUACACCACAGUUGUAUUAUUAUGAUAAUAGAAAUAAAUAAAUAUAUAUAUAUCAUAUACAUAUAUGUAUAUUAUCCUAUAAUAUAUACAUAUGUAUAUGCAUACACACGCAACUUUGUCACAUGAUUCAUUUCAGUCAAGUUAAAAUAUUUCAUUUUUAUCAGCUGCUAGCGCACUGAAUUAGUAGCUAGUAAAAACAUUGUAUACCACCCUUUAACAUUUUUCUAGCAACAGCCAAAUUCUGAAAAUUAUUCUUAAAAAGAGUUAACUCAUCCUGAAUAUAGUAUUCAUAAAAGUUGAGGAAGAGGAACUUUUUAUUUUAAUCUUUAUUUUCUUCUGUCUAUUUAGUAUUUAGUAUUCUUCUGCUUAUUUAGUAAUUAUAAGCAAAGUUAUGAAAAAAAUUUGAUAAUUAAAGGACAAGAAUUUGAUGUCUAAAUUGCCCAAUUUUGUUUAAAAGAUUUAUGAAAUAUUAUCAAAAGCUUGUUUAUUUCUGUGUU